GUCAAUGCUACCCUAAGAUGUUAUCUUUCAUCAUGAGCUUUGGCAUGCCUGGCCUCUGUUGACAGCAUAAGUUGAACCUUACCACAUAUAUGUUAUUUACAAAAAUAAGGCAAUUUUUUGUUGUUUUUUCCAUAAAUCAUAAUCAUCUCCCUGUCUCGUCCAUGGAUGAGGGAGAAAGACAGGUGCAGAGAAAACAAGAUCAGGCGCUGGGUUGAAGGGAAGGGGAUAAGCCUAGUAGGUAAAGUUGGAGGAAACUUCAAUCUUCUAAGUCAAUGGUAUUCUUACCACCUACCCUUUCCCAUAGGAAGGCUUACCAAAGAAAACGCGUAGAUCAGUUCCCUUUGUAGUUCCCUUCAGUUAUUCCGCUACGAACAUUUCUCUUUCUCAUCUCCAAACAGAAGCAGAGUACACCAAACUACAACCACGCAGAUCACAAGAAGUAAGUCUCACGCAAUUUUAGAUAUGAAAAGAAAAAGUUUUUUAGCAAUGUUUUCCUUCUUUGAUUCGGUAUGAAUUUUGUUGGCAUAAUACUUAAAAAAAAAUCUUAAACUAUUUAAAUACAUUCAAUUAAUUCAAUUCAAUUUUUCUGCUUGUGUAACGUAGAGAUUAUUGAUGCAUAUAAAGCUUAAUAAUUAUCCCUGUCUCUUUCUUGAUAUAUUUUUAAGGCUUAUUUACCAGAAAUUCUUGGCAAAUUAUUGUCAAUUUAUUUUGUGCAAGUUAUAGAAGAAAGAGAUGGCAGCAGAAAGGGAAGACCCUGUUUCUAUUAGCAUAGAUGGAAUGCUAGAGAGUUUAUCCCCAUUAUCGCCGGAUUGUUGCAUUGCUAGAGUACCAAAUUAUCUUCGCAAGGUAAAUGAAGAGGCCUAUGAGCCGGAGUUUAUUUCUAUUGGUCCAUACCACCACGCUAAACCUCACUUAAAGGCAAUGGAGGAGCAUAAGAUCCGUUAUUUUCGAUUGCUUCUUCAAGAAAGAAAGGAGAAUGAUGUCUCGAAAUAUGUCACGAUGAUCAGACAUUUGGAAGACCAAGCUCGCAAAUGUUAUUCAGAUCCUUUUGCUCUUGAAUCAGAUGAUUUUGUCAAAAUGUUGCUGCUUGAUGGUUGCUUUACUGUUCAGCUAAUCCAUAAAUUUUCAAAGAUAGAACUGAGAGAUGAGAAUGACCCUAUUUUCAAACUGGUCAGUUUGCGAGGAACCAUACGUCGUGAUAUGUUAUUAAUUGAGAAUCAACUUCCCCUCUUUGUUCUUUGGGAGUUAUAUGCAAUGAUUGAGUCCUCAGCUGAUCAAGGAACAUUCAUGGCAAUUGUUUUCUUUUUCUUUUGUCAUAUAUUACCUGGGGAAGGAUGUUCACAAAAUAAUGUAAAUUCUAUUAGAGAAUUUAAGCAUCUAGUGGAUCUGGUACAUGGAUACUGGCAUCCUUCACCUUUAGAAUUGAAGGCUUAUCAAGACCUGAACAAAAAUGUUCCCUGGAGCUACAUACAUUGCGUCACAGAGUUGAAAGAGGCUGGAGUUAAGUUCCAAAUGAUACGAGGAAAUAGCUUGUUUGAUUUAAAGUUUGAAAAUGGGACUAUGAAAAUCCCUACCUUAAGAAUUUAUGAUAGUCUGGAAUGCACCAUCCGAAAUCUCAUCGCCUUUGAGCAAUUUUCUUCACACAAAGGCUUAAAUCAUGUUACUGAUUAUAUGCUACUUUUCCAGUGCCUUAUCAAUUCUUCGAAAGAUGUGGAAAUUCUUCGUCAAUGUGGAAUCAUUGAGAACAUGUUAGGUGAUGAUGAAGAGGUUGCUAGAAUGCUUAACAGUCUUGGUGUCUCUGUCUAUUUCUCUUCCGACACCUUCUUUUACUCUGAGCUAUUUAACAAAGUGAAUAAGUAUUGCGAUCGGCGUUGGAACAAAUGGAUUGCAAACUUGAAGCAUAAUUAUUUGAACAGUCCAUGGGCACUUAUCUCCUUCCUUGCUGCUGUUGUGCUGCUCCUUCUUACACUGGUGCAAACUAUUUUUUCAGUUCUCUCUUUCUAUAGGAUCCAAGUAAAACCAUAUGCAGGCGUGGAGCAGGAGAAAGUGAUGGAAGCAGAAAGAGUUGACCCAGUUGCUGUCCGCAUAGGUCAAAAGUUGCAGACUAUGUCCCCAUUAUCGUCAGACUGUAUCAUUUUCAAAGUUCCUAAUUAUCUUCGCAAGGUAAAUGAAGAGGCCUAUGAACCUGAGGUAGUUGCAAUUGGUCCUUACCACCGUGGUAAAGAUCACUUAAAACCCAUGGAGGAACAUAAAAUUCGGUUUCUCCAUUUGCUUCUUCAAGAAAGAGGGGAGAAUGAUAUCACCAAAUAUGUUGUAAUAAUGAGAGAAUUAGAAGAAAGAGCUAGAAAAUGCUAUGCAGAACCUGUAAGUCUCGACUCAGAUGAUUUUGUGGAAAUGAUGCUCCUUGAUGGUUGCCUUAUAAUUCAGCUAAUGCGCAAGUUUGCUAUGACCACAUUGAUCGAUGACCCUCUUUUUAAGAUAGGUGGUUUCCAUGGUAUCUUAUGUCGUGAUAUGUUACUGGUCGAAAAUCAGCUUCCCCUUUUUGUUCUUUGGAAGUUGUUUCGUGUAAUAGAGGUUCCUAGUCAAGACAUAUUCGUAUAUGUUAUCAUAAAUUUCUUCACUAUUAUAUUACCAGGUAAAGGGUGUAUCAGAGAUAGCUUAAGAUCCAUUACGGAGAUCAAGCAUUUGCUAGGCCUGAUAAAUGAUUGUUGGCAUCCUUCUGCUUUUGAAAUGGAGGUCUAUAGGAACAAGACCAAAAAGAUUGAGUGGAGCUUCAUGCAUUGUGCCACAGAGCUCCAAGAGGCUGGCAUCCGUUUCAAAAAGGCUGAGGGAAACAGCAUUUUUGAUAUAAAGUUUGAAAAUGGGACUAUGAAGAUCCCAACCUUGGAAAUUGAUGACCAUACAGAAUGUUUCCUUCGGAAUGUUAUUGCCUUUGAGCAGUUUUUUCCAGGGAGAAGUUUAAAUCACGUCACUGACUACAUGAACUUUAUGGACUGCCUUAUCAACUCUCCAAAAGAUGUGGAAUUACUUCGUCAACGAGGAAUUAUUAAUAACUGGUUAGGUAAUGAUGAAGUGAUUGCCACCAUGUUUAAUAGGCUUGGUGACUCUGUUAGCAUCUCCCGAUACUCCUUCUACUCUGAAGUUUUCAACAAUGUCAACAUGUAUUGCGGUAGACGCUGGAACAAAUGGAUUGCAAACUUGAAGCACAACUACUUUAACAGUCCUUGGGCACUCGUAUCCAUUCUUGCUGCUGUCGUGCUCCUUCUACUUACCAUGGUGCAAACCGUAUUUUCAGUUAUCUCUUAUGUCAAGUAACUGCCAACUAAUACAUGUAUUGUGUUUUGGCUUAAUAAUUGAGUCCCUACAUCCAAGCAGAAGCUUUCAAGGGACAAGCUUCCUAUAGUUAACUGGCAACAGAAAUCUGGCUUCCGCACUCCAUUUCCGGACACUCUCUCAUAUCUUGUUAGGAAAUUAGCCAUCAGGCUCAAGUUGUUUGGUUGAACCACCUUGCAAUUGCAAAUGGAGGAUGUGGCAGAGCUUCUUCACUU